AUGGCAGAUUCACUAGCGCGGUUGAUGCGGCUCUUGGAUCAGAUGGAGGAGGGUGAAGCACCACCACCACCACCACCACCCCGACGCAACCGCAACAACAGGUCUCGUGCUCCUCCCUAUAACAACGUCCGAUCAUCUAACCACUCACCACCUCCCCAAUUGAACAACAGUGGUACACAGAACAUGAAAGGUCUCAUCAACAACACUGGCUAUGUUGAGGGUAACGGCAACGGAUCCAUCGUCUUGGGUGUUGUUGGUAACGAUAAGGCAGUGGAAUAG